UUCAAUUUCAAUACGGUCGUGACUGAGACGAGACGAAUCCCCGACGCAGCCCGUAACAGAGUAAAAAAUAUGGCGACGGGAUGCGACUCCCCGAAGAUUCAAACUUUCGAGAGUGCUCUUUCUGCCGCCGAAUUCGAGUCCGCCGUCGAACUCACCAACUUUCCAGCCGUUUUCAGAAGAUGUGUUAGUAAUUGGGAUGCCUGUUCUAAGUGGAAUCCAUUCAACUGUGGCCUUGAUUAUCUUGAGGAACGUGCAGGUUCUGUUGAAGUGGAGGCUAUGCUUUCGAGGACUGCUCCCAUUUUCAAUGGUGAUAUCAGAAGCCAUGAGAGGGUAUCAUUGCCGUUCUCGGAGUUUAUUAGAUUCUGCAAGCAGCAUAUGAUAUGCAAAGAGAAUGGUUCCUGUGUUAAUGCUAUGUCUGCAGAUUUCACUCCUUUAGCUGAGGACCAUAUACCUGGACAAAUAUACCUAGCACAGUUUCCAAUUGUGAAUGAUGAGAAAGAAGAGAAGGUUCAACUCAAGAUUCUGAGACAAGACUUCCAGACGCCCUCACCUUUAGUGGGAAAGUCACUGUCUUCUAUCAAUUUCUGGAUGAAUUCUUCACAAGCUCGAUCAACUACUCACUAUGAUCCUCAUCAUAACCUUUUGUGCAUAGUCUCAGGGCGUAAAAAAGUUGUCUUGUGGCCCCCUUCCGCCAGUCCCUCACUCUAUCCGAUGCCUAUAUAUGGAGAAGCGUCAAACCAUAGUUCGGUUGGUCUAGAAAAUCCAAAUUUAUCUGACUAUCCAAGAGCUGAGCAUGCCCUGAAGCAGUCACAGGAGGUUACUCUUGACGCUGGUGAUGCAGUAUUCAUUCCUGAAGGCUGGUUCCAUCAGGUGGAUAGUGAUGACCUGACUAUUGCUGUCAAUUUUUGGUGGCAAUCAAACAUUAUGUCUAAUAUGCCUGAACAUAUGGAUUCAUAUUAUCUGCGCCAAAUCACAAGAAGAUUGAUAGACAGAGAAAUGAGCCUGUUAGUUUCGAAGCCUUCAUCAACUGAUGUGAAGCAACUGUCUAAGCAUAUUGACCAUUCUCACGUUGGGAUGGCAGAAGGUGGGAAUGGUAACUCAGAAAAUGAAAGCGCUAAGAAAGGCCUCAGCACAUUGUGUGAAAGAACGUCAUUGGAUGAUCUGGAUCCUUCUGCUUGCCUUGCACUUCAUGAGCUUAUUUCCUUAGUCCAUGACCAUGUUAAUGCUGUUGAAACAAGUAAAGGACGGCAGUACACUUCACCUAGUUGUUCCGACCCAGCUACAGAGGGCAGAAAAAGUAAGAUCCUGGCGAAUGCAUUGCCUUGUUUAGAAGAUGAUCCCAUUGCCCAUAUGCUCUGGGAUCUGGAAGCAUUUAGACUUCGAGAUGUACUCCUUGCAAUGGCACGUUAUUUCCCAAGAACCUUAGAAGCGUUAAUACUUCACAUGCUCUCACCCAUUGCUGCGGAAGUUCUAACACAGAAGUUUGAUGAGAUUGACCAACACACUGGUGAAGAAGACAGGAACCAUUUCUUUCGAGAAUUUUAUGGUGCCUUCGAUGAUCAAGCAGCUGCAAUGGAUAUUAUUUUAAGUAGGAAAGAGGCUUUUGCAUUUCAGGCCUUUAAGAAUGUACUAGACAAGUUUUUGGCGGUCAACAUUGCUUCACCAACAUCGAACAUCUGAGUGGGAACUGUGUGUUGGCAGAUGAGUAUGAUAUGACAAGAAAGGAUGCUGUUGAUAUGGAAAAGGUCGUGUAAUAUUAGUUGGGAAGCUGAUAAAAAUGUUGCUGUUGACCUACACGAAUUUGGUAGCUCUAGUACCGCGGUCUUAGCUGAUUUCAAGUAUGCACAAUCGGUUUCCCUUUUAUCUCGUGCCCCGCACCUUCCGGAUUGAUCGGCUUCAGUCUACGAGACGCUUUUGCUAGCACCUUCACAUACUAAUUGCCUUUCGACAAAAAAAGACAAGCCACAAGUUUUGUUGAGCCUGGUUUCUCUAAAACCACAAAAAGUUAUCUUGCAAACAGUUGAAGCCCAGAAGGUGACCAUCACUCGGAUCCUACUUUUCUCUUACUCUUUUUUCAGAAUCCGUGUCUACAUUGAGUCUAUUUUGUUGAUAUGGAAUUGUAAUACUGAUAUCAUUAUUCUUGAGAGGUAACGCAAGUUUCGACUAGAGUAAACUACUGUCAAGACUAUCCAUUCCUGUAUGAAUCUUAUAACCCUUGUGAAUGAUGCUGCUUUGAACCGAUU